AUGCAAGCAUUAACUGCAAGACGUCAGUCGUCGACAACGUCGUUGUCCAAAUACGAGCGUGCCUCGUCACCGCUGUUACAGGAUAGAUCCCUCGACUUUUGCAAUGCCUUCUGGGGAGUAGGAGACGUAGGCGUAGAGGUCCUCUUCGCCAGGAUGCGUGGGGCAACGCGGACUAUUGAAGAACUACGAAGCUUUUGGAAAGAACGUGCAGUGAUAGAGGAAGAUUACGCCAAACGGCUAGCAAAGUUGUCCAAAGUUGUCCUGGGUCGCGAUGAGAUUGGGGACUUACGCGCCUCCUUGGACACAGUAAGGCUCGAGACCGAACGACAGGCCAGCUUCCACGCGAACCUCGCCAGCCAGAUACGCACAGACCUCGAAACACCAACAACAGCAUUUCACAAUCGUCUACUCUCGCACAAGAAGACUCAACAGUUGAGUAUCGAAAAGGAGUUCAAGACGAAACAGGCCCAGGAGGCUCACGUCAACAAAGCGCGAGAGAAGUACGAAUCCGAUGGGAUGCGCAUUAAUGCCUUCACAGCCCAGUCCACCCUCGUUCAGGGCAAGGAACUCGACAAGAUCACUGCGAAACUAGAGCGGGCCCAGCAGACUGUUCAGGUCAAUGAGCGAGAGUUUGCCAACUUUGCCAAGAUUCUGGCAGAGACCACGAAGAAAUGGGAGCUCAGUUGGAAGGCAUUCUGUGACAAUUGCCAAGAUCUGGAGGAGCAGAGGAUUGAAUUUAUGAAGGACAAUAUCUGGGCGUACGCCAACGCGGUCUCAACUGUCUGCGUAGCGGACGAUGAGUCAUGCGAAAAGAUUCGUCUGUCUCUAGAACAGAUGGAACCUGAACGCGAAAUGGAAUAUUUCGUCUCCAACUACGGUACUGGAAACGACAUUCCUGACCCUCCUGCCUUUGUGAACUACAAUUCGCCCGAUGCCGUGCCAGCCUCAUCCCAAAGGGUUACCACGAGGCCUGCGAACUUCAUACGAGUCUCCACGAGAGAGUUGCCACCUCGUGCUCCCAGUGCGGAGCCUCCGGACGACAGCCAACCCAUUAACACGGCUGGAAUUGGGGCAGGAGGCGGAAACAGACGUUCUGAGGUCCCAGCCGACGCUAAUCUCCUUCGACAAGAUACCCGCCGCAAUAGCAUGGCUGCAUCACCACAGCCCUAUGUCAACGGAAGUACGGUGCAGCCUCCGAACACCGCUCCUGUGCUCCCACCAUCAACAUCUCCUAUGCCUGCUUCCAAUCAGCAACGGCAAUCUACCCUCGGAUCCGCCUAUGGAACUCCACUAAGUAACCGUGAUCCUCACGCAGAGCCUAUCGAUCCUACCGCCGAGACGUACAUCAAAGUAGGGAAUCAUGCUUACAAGGUCGACCCAUCCAAAGACCCUCAGCAACAAACCGGUGCGCCUAUCGCGAACCGAACAGCUUCUCCUGUCAAGCAAGAAAACGGGGCAACUAUUGAUCCUCUGGAGAAGCAGCUGCAAGAAUUGAAGAACGCGGUGUCGAUUGGCGGAAGUACGCGGAGAAACACCUUGCACAAACCACCCCCAGCGCAAAACGAUGCUCAGGCGCGAGCUUCGCCUUCCGUUACACAGUCCGCGACUAGACCUGUCAGCAAUGUUCCCCAAUCUUUAUCCCCACCUGGUGCCCCAGCGGCCCAGAUUAACAGGAGUCCAUCCCCCAAUCGUGAUUACCGCAACUCUGCUGAUUUGGUGGUCGGUGCCCACCCUGCGGCCAGCAGGCCAUCGUCCCCUCAACCGCCCACCGCUGCAUUCAUGAUGCCAAAGAAUGCGGCGCCUCCACCUGGGUCAGAAAUGAUCAGCGACGUUUUGGCCGACUACCAACAGUCACUUCCUGGAGAACGGAAGGCUAUCAGUCGUAACAACAGCUAUUCUAGACGGACCAGCACUCAACCGCAAGGCCAUGCACCGUCGGCUUCACAAGCAUCCAUUGCUGUCCCUCAAAACGCCAACUUUUCUCAUGGACAGAACUUGCAUCGGCCUGCUUCCGUUGGUCACGCUGGGAUCGGCGCCCAUGGUGGAUCACGAAGCAAUAGCCCUCAACCUCAACCUGUCAUUUCCAGAGGGCCUAGCCCAGCGCCUAAUACUGUCCGCACAAGCUACAUCUCGCCACCGGCUCAGAACAUUGCCAGAGCACCAAGUCCAAAUUCUAUCGGAAUCGCGCUCGAUCCCAACGGGCGCGUUCUACACGAUGAGAUGGCUCAAGGCUAUCAACAACAUCAGCAGGCACUGCGCCAGCAACAUCGAGGCCCACCACCGCAACAGCAGCCAGCGUACAAACCUCCUCUGGCUCCCCCAGUUCAGCAGCAGCAACAACCGCAGAGGAGAUUGAGUUACAUGAAUACGCCUUCACCCACGGUUGCGCCGCCACCGCAGCCAGCCAUGCACCCUGUUACUCCUCCCCCUCCCCCUGCCAAUUUGUAUCAACAGCCUUCACCCGCCGCCCAACCCACCUAUGGUGCUCCUCCACCUGCUGCCCAUCCCACCUACGCCCCUCCAUCACAAUUGUUGUACCAACAACAGCAAGCGCCUCCACCUCAACACACUCAACCACCAAUCCAGCAACAACCCAUCCAUCACUACCAGCCACCACCUGUGCAGCAAGCGCCUACCAACACGUACGGGCACGGCGGAGCUCAGCGAGCAUCUUCAAUUUCGGGCGGAUACUACGGGCAACAGCAGCCGGCACCUCAGCAAGCGCCUCCACCUCAGCAGCAACAACCGCAAUACGCACAGCAAGCUCCUGGACAAGGCUAUCAUCAACCGCCUCAGCAACAGACAUGGACCGCGGCUCAGAGAUCUCCUUCUCCUCAGCCUCCCCCGCCGCAGCAACAGCAACAGGCGGAGGUUACGACCGAGGAUGGCACUCCUAUCCUCUUCUACGUCAAAGCGCUAUAUGACUAUGCAGCGACGAUCGACGAGGAGUUUGAUUUCCAAGCAGGGGAUAUCAUUGCUGUAACGUCUACUCCGGAGGAUGGUUGGUGGACGGGCGAACUGCUAGACGAAGCGAGGAGGCAGAGAGGAAGGAACGUUUUCCCUAGUAACUUUAUUUUUUCGUCUAUUUGCCGUCCAUUUCCCGAAGUUGCACCUGCACUCUCUUCAUCUGGCCUUUGCCUGCAUACCAUCACGUUAACAUGGACGACCUCGACGAUCUUUAUUGCUUCCAGUGCAACCCACAUCCGCCACCUUCAUUUUAACUUCAUCGUCAAAUCUUCCUUACGCACCCCGAAGCACGUCGCUGAGGAAGCAACAGUGACCGACCUUUCUCGGAGUGUUCUUCAAAUAGCUACGCGGUGUAGAUGGUUAUACGUUGCCGCUAUGGCCGAUGGCUUGAGGAGAUUCGUAAACGCCCACUCAGGGAUUCUAUUGCUCAGAGGUCGAGGUCAGGGUAUACCGUAUGUUCUGUGGGGUCACCGCGGCCGGCUGAAUGGCUUGGGUCCAUUUAGUGCGGUCAUAUGUCCAGCGCCUCUGAUAGCCAUUACUUGGCCCACACCACGAGCACCCAAUGAACGCCUCUUACGGCCGUUACGGGCUUUCGUGAACUCGGGUACCUCUCCACCGACAUGCUUCUAUUGUGAUAAUUCUCGCUAUCCCGAAUCCAGUUUGUUCCUCAGCGAUCUGUUUGGGGAUCCCGGUUUCUUAUCACUUUUCUUCGCCAUUGCUAUAAGAAGACUGGCUCGGGGUGCAGUGGGCGCCUAG